AAACUUUAUUUUGAAUGUAGAAUGCAUGGCUGAUUUUUUUUAAAUGAGCACUUUACAACUUUCUGCGCCCAACAGCUUCGAUCCGAAUUUUUUGCAGCCUGGUUCUUAACUGUUGUCAGAACUAUUCCCCACGUGUUUCAGGCAGCAAGACACUGCGCAUGCGUCAGCAUGGUCUCUCCUUCCGUUGGACGAACCUGCCAAACUUCCGGUAAAGGACGAGAGACGGUUUUGCCUGCUUUAGUGAGGUCUUCUCAUAUGUUUACGCUUCUUCGGCUCCCGUUAUGAAGAUCACCCGGCAGAAGCACGCCAAGAAGAACAUGGGCUUCUACAAAUACAAUUUUGGUUUCCGGGAGCCUUUCCAGGUGCUGCUGGACGGCACCUUUUGUCAGGCGGCGCUGCGUAACAAGAUCCAGAUACGCGAGCAGUUGCCAGGUUACCUGGCCGGAGCCACGCAACUCUGCACGACGCGAUGUGUGUUAAAAGAAUUGGAAUGUUUGGGGAAACAGUUGUAUGGUGCAAAACUAAUUGCACAGAGAUCUCAACUUCGCAACUGCUCUCAUUUCAAGAAUCCAGUGAGUGGUUCAGACUGCCUAUUGUCCAUGAUUGAGGAUGGUAAUCCACACCAUUAUUUCAUAGCUACACAGGACCAGCACCUGUCCACAAAAAUAAAGAAAAGGCCUGGAAUCCCUCUGCUAUUUAUAAUUCAGAAUACAAUGGUUCUGGACAAGCCUUCCGCCAAAUCUUUGGCUUCAAUACAAGCAAUGCACACAAACCAGCUUAUUCCGGAGCAUCAUAAGCAGACCAUUACAUUUCUGAAAGAGAAAGAAGGUCUUGUAAAAACGUCAGAACCCAAAAAAAGAAAGCGGAAAAGGGCUGCUGGGCCAAAUCCUCUCAGCUGCCUGAAGAAAAAGAGAAAAACUGAAGAAUCCCAACAGUCUUCCACAUCUAAGAAAAAGAGGAAACAGAAGCGCAGUAAAAAGAAAACAGACACUAUGACUGCAGCUGUCCCAGAUAUGAAAGCAUAACAUUAUUCUGAAUAGUUGAUGUGCAUAUCCAUUUUGUGGACUUUGGAUAUGUAGUUAAUGCUGUUUGAAAAAUAAAUCAUAUUUUGUUUUCUUAAAAAAAUAGAUAGUUUACCAUGUAUGUCAGGUUGGUGGCACGAGUGAACUCUUCACAACUUUUUUGUCAUCUCAUUUCAAAGAAAUUGUGUACAUCUUUUGAAGUGACAGCUGAAAUAUGUAAGAACAUGCUUUAUAUAAAGCGGCUACAAGGUUAAGAUAUUUGGUACUUAUCAAAACAGAAGGCGUGAGGACGGCAAAAUAAUCCUUAUAUGAAGAUGCUACCCAGGUUAAAUUCAGGAUAGGGAUGUGCGACUAAGACUGCAAUCAGGCAGGAUUGAGUUCAGGGAUAAGGAACAGCAUUCUAGCCAGCUCUUUUUCUACCACCACCAUUCUUGUCACACACACACACACAUGCACACACACAUCGGAUUUCAGGAGCAGCUGCUUUGAAUUCGUGGUUUCUUCGAACGAGAGCAGUAAAAACUACAUUAUUCCACCUUUGAUUUACUUUGUGUUAAUCAGGAAAUCCAGCCAUAUUUGUUAUGUUUCUUAUGCAAUGAAAUGCAGUUACUUUUAAGAUCUAGGAAAGAAAUCCUUGUUUUAAGCAUCCAAGAGGCUAGACAGAUGUCCCUUUAUGCUUUGAAUCCCAAAUUUCUCCCUUCAAAUUUCCCUGGACUAAAAGAGCUUAGUAAUGUGCUUUCUUCAGUUAGAGUAGAUUUUCAUAUGUAUUGAUUCUUGGGUGUGGAGAAUACAUCUUAUAUGUCCUGGGAGUUUUUUUGAAGUACGGUGCAGAGCUCAUUACAAUGUAACCAGUGAUCCUAUUUUCCAUGUUUCAAUGCUAAAAAUUAAUGAGGUCAGUCUAAGCAAAUGCAUAUUUGAAAAAGAUCCUAACUAGAACCAUAAUGCCUAUCUAAAAAUGUAGCAUUCCUACAGUAGGAAUAUCAUGUAGAAUACUGUUACAAGAGCUGGAAAAAAAUGAACAGUUCGUUUUUGACAAUUUAGAAUCAAGCCAGCUUUAAUUAAAUUAAGCCACAGUAAUUUAACGGAUAGGUCACUGUUCUCCAGAUGUUUUAGAAUUCAGCUUCCAUUAGUUCCAGCCAGCAUGGUCAAUGACAAAGAAAUAUGGAAAGUUUGGUCUAAUAUAUUUGACCAAAUACCAAAUUCUUGACAUUUGAAACAUCUGGAACCUGCCAGGUUCCUGAUCUAGGUUAUAAGUGGAUAUAGAAAAUCUGCAUGCCUUUGUUAAAAUGCCAGGUUUUUGAGAUGUAAAAAAAAAAAUCAGCGAAAAAAAUCACUUCAGAAUUUUUUCCACUUUCAUAAAACAUUUCAGCUAUACAAUUCAAUUGAAAAACAAACUGAAAAUGUUUACUGGGGUGGGGGAAAAUGAGAGUAAUGUAGCUGCAUAAAUCUUCAUAUUCUCUUAAGACUGAUCAAACCUGUUCAGCUGUUCUAGUAGGAAUUUUCUGACAUUUACUCAGUUGCCUCUUAUAGCAAAAGGCAUGUUCAACAGAGAGCUUACAAAGCAUCAAAGGAAUCUCACUAUUGAAAGAUAUCAGGAUAAGGGCACAAAAAAAAUUCCAAGGCAUUGGAUAUACCAUGGAAUAAAGUGAAAAUGGUCAUAAACAAGUGGAAAAAAUACGGCCAUGGUGACAUUGCUAAGAACCGGAUGGUCCAAGAGUCUUCCAGAGUCCUACAGAAACAUUAAAGGAGCUGCAGGAAGUUCUGGAAUGUACUGGUUGUGUACUACAUCUGACAAUGUCUCAUAUUUUUUAUAUGUCUGGCUUUUUGUAUGCCUAGGUAUAUAGGACAGCUAGAUAGAAACAUUUUCUUAUAAAGAUGAACAUACAAGCCUGGCUACAUUUUGCAAAAACCUACAUCGUCUGACAAAAGCAUGUGGGAAAAUGUUGUCUAAUGAAGCCAACUUUAAACUCUGGC